AUGGCACGCUCGGUUCUUCAUACUUUUUCGGACUCCAAACAUUUUGAAGACCGAAGAGGAAAACCGUAUGCCCAUCCUAUAACAGAACGUAUAAACCCUCAUUCGCGUCCUAUUGUCUCUUAUUACUUUCCAAAAGGCGUUGGUGAACAUCAUUAUGGCGAAAGGCAUCCGAUGAAACCACAUCGGUUGACUCUUACGAACGCCCUUGUUAUAGGAUAUGGCCUGGAUAAGCAGGUUCAUCACUUUUUCAAUCCAAAGCCCGCUACUCGAGAGGAACUAGAGGCCUAUCAUGACUCUGAAUACAUCGAUUUCCUCUCAAGGGUUACACCUAGGAAUCAAAACGAGAUGAAACAUCUCAUAGAUACGUUCAAUUGUGUGGAGGAUUGUCCGAUAUUUGCGGAUAUGUAUGAUUUCACGCGAAUGUAUGCCGGAGGGUCACUUGCUGGAGCUAGAAAGUUGUGCGCCGGAACGACAGACAUAGCUAUCAAUUGGUCUGGCGGUCUGCAUCAUGCUAAAAGGGGAGAAGCCAGUGGAUUUUGCUACAUCAAUGAUAUUGUUCUUGCAAUCCUCGAGUUGCUAAGAUACCAUCCCAGAGUAUUGUACAUCGACAUCGAUAUUCAUCAUGGAGAUGGUGUUGAACUAGCAUUCUGGAAUUCAAAUCGCGUCAUGACUGUUUCAUUCCACAAAUACACAGGCGACUUUUUCCCCGGUACGGGAAGACUCGAUGACAACGGCGGCGGACUUGGAAAACACUUUGCACUCAACGUCCCCUUACUUGAUGGCAUAGACGAUGAGAACUAUCUCUCAGUAUUUAGGACAGUUAUCGAUGAUACUGUCACAGCUUUUCGACCUUCUGCUAUCGUUUUGCAAUGCGGCGCAGAUUCAUUAGGAUGCGACCGGCUUGGUGCAUUCAACCUAUCCAUUGCUGGACAUGGUGAGUGUGUGAACUUUGUGCGCAAGUUCGGCGUGCCGUUGCUUGUUCUCGGUGGUGGUGGAUAUACGGUGCACAAUGUGAGUCGAUGCUGGACGUACGAAACGUCAGUUCUCGUGGGCUGCGAAGUCCCCGACGCGUUACCGCAAACACCUUACGACGCGUGGUUCGCGGACGAUUACACUCUUCAUCCUACUCUUGCAGGACGCAUCGACAAUCAGAAUACACCCGCCGCACUCCAACGCAUCACACGAAGCAUUCGUCAAAAGCUACGAUACUUACAAGGUGCACCUAGCGUGCAAAUGCAGGAGAUCCCACCUGAUUUAGCUGCCUGGCUUCCCGAAGAGGAAAAGAAUAACGAAGAAAAGGCGGAAGACCGCGGUGCAGUUCCUGCAGGCGAGUUUCGUAUACCGCCGCCGAAGGCGGUGAAUGAGUUCUUUGAUAGCGAGACGGAUGUGGACAAGGAGGAGGAAGUGGUGCCAAAGACUCGCGGGACUACUUCUGGAAGGCGGGGACGGGGAAGGGGCAGAGGUCGGGGCAGAGGCAGGGCAACUGCGACUACGACAGCGACUGUUGUGGCUGGAGGGUUGCCUACCCCGGCGACCAACGUAACUCCAGCAGAAGCAACUGGGGUAAACGAGGAAGAGGCCGAUGAAGCACCUCCGCUCACGCCUACUCCGGCUCCACGAGGAAGAGGCAGAGCAGGUCGGAGAGGAGGUCGGGGACGAGGAAGAGGACGGGGACGGGGAAGAGGGGCUGCAGCUGCAGCGGCCGCUUCUACCUCUGCUGCGCCUACGUCGGCGGCGACAACUGAUAAUGUUGUUGAGGUGACUCCUGGUAGCGAGAGCGUUCCUCCUGUACAGCCUAAAGCAGAAACCGAGCCCGAACAAGAACCGGAACCGGAACCAGAAGCAGAGGUGGGACCAGAGGCAGAGGCGGAACAAGAGCAGGAGCAAGGACAGGAAACGCCAUCUCAGUUACCUUCGAAUGAAGUCGACGUUGAUACAUGAUUCACUUUGCUGUGUUUUUGAUUUGUACUUGC